UUUUUAUAAAAAUGCUUGACAAAUCCAGAAUAAUUCAAUUUUGCAAAGUUAAAUGUUCAAUAAAUUAAGCAAUUGUAGAACAAUGUUCCUUUAUUUUCAAUUAUAUUUUAUAUGUCUAUUUUAACGUGCAUUUCCUUUAAUUCCAUUAAUAUGCCUACAUCUAAUCUUUAACAUUCAGAAAUAAUUUGAGGAAAAACAGCAAGGAUUGAGAAAAAAUAGCCAACAAUUCUCUAAAAUACACAUUUUAAGUAUUUUCUAUAUCCGAGUAUUAUUUUAGAGAAAUAAAUCUUUAAUAGAUACGAAAACCGGAAAUCACAGAAAGAUAAAAGUUAUCGUUCAUGUCCACACUACUAGAAAUCUCGAAAAUGGAUGCGCUUGUCCUGACAAACAGCACAGAUGCCGAAGGGCUCCAACAUAUCACGUGUUAUUUUGACGCGUUAAAAUGUAAUUGUUGAAAAAAUAUAAAGAAUAUUCCGCCAAUUGCGUUGUGUACAUUAGUAUUGUCAAGAUAAGAUAUACAGAAGAGCUACUCGCGGAUAUUUAUGCUCAAAAUAAUUACUUUCUUACACAAGUCAGAGUGGAUUUCUUGAAUAAAAUAUAUUUGUAAUAUUUGUUUUGGCUUCCGACUAGAGUAUUGUGUGCAUGCGACUGCAAUUAAUGCUUAAUUUUACUAAUUAUGCUCGUCAAAGUGCAAUUAAUGAAGAGUGUUCUGUGUGUUGCGUUGUAUUUUAUUAUAUAUGUUGUUUUUAUCAAAGUACGUAAAAAUUUUAACUCGAAGGAAAUAACAGAUAUAAUGAAGACCAGAUAUAAGCCAGUAACGUCCCAGUCUUCAUUUACAAAUAAGAUAAAUAAGAAGAAUGUCGAGUUAGAAAUCGACAUGUUACGAAUAGAUGAGCUGAAGGGUGAAGCCAUCGAUUUGGAGGAAAACGCGGCUCUACUUCAACAGGUAUCAGACACGUGCGCAAGAUACAAUAUAAAGAAGAUAUCUCUCGUUAAAAGGCAUUUUUUACAUAACGAUAAACACAAGUCGUUAUAUUGUUGGAUCCGUAAAGUUGCAUCUACCAGUUUCACAAAGUUAUUCUCCGACAUGAGUAAUCGUCAAGUCAGCCAUAAUUUUUACAAAGAAGUGGACUUGUUGUCGCCAAAAACUCUUGAAAGUCUACAGCAUUAUGUUAACGAUAGCACUGUCUUCAAACUGCUCAUUGUCCGACAUCCAUUUCAACGACUAGUCUCAUCUUAUAGAGACCGUAUCGAGGAUAACAGUAAAUAUACCGCACAAUCCUGGCUUCACGCUCAUUCGAUUCUUUAUCAUUCGAGACCAAAAUUAUUUCAUGCCAAAUCGUCGAAUACCAACAUUCUAGAAAGGAUAUUCCUGCCGGAUAAAAGAUUAAAGAUAAUCCCUAGUUUUCGCGAGUUCCUGGAGUGGUUGCUGAAACAACCACCAGAACAUGAUGAUGUUCACUGGGUUCAAUAUCACACUCAUUGCGCAGUCUGUAAUGUACAUUACAAUUUCAUUCUGAAAUUAGACCAUUACACCUUGGGACAGAUCAAUUACAUUUUGUCAAAGCUGAAAUUGGACAGAAAUAAGAUCUACUUGCCGAUGUUGCAACGCACUCAUAAUGGGCUCACUGAUUUUAAAAUGGCGUGCAAGUACUUUCGCAAUCUGACCACCGACAUGGUAAUGCAAUUGUAUGAGAGAUAUAAGAUAGACUUUGAUAUGUAUAAGUACAAGCCGGACGAUUAUUGGCAUUGUGCUAAGAGAAAGAAUUAAGUCAAAUGAGACAAGGUAAAUAAUAAUAUUUAGGUCAUAUUUUGAUGAGAGUAUUUUUAAAGGAAAGGCACAUAAAAUGUUGUUCUUAAUGGAAAUUAUAAAUUACGACAGUCAUUUCAAUCAAUAUUUUUAAUGUAAAAAGGUCGAUCGAUUUUUUACAUAAUCACGAUGAUAUU